GAGGGAUAUAAAAGGGUCAGUUCCUUUUUAACAAAGUUCACAUCUGACUGAUAAAUGUGUGUGCAGGUCAAUAAAGACAUUUGAGAAGCUGGGACUGAACAUACUAAAAAACUGCAAAAUCAAGAUGAUUGCUGUGUUAGUGUUGCUUAUGGUAGGGCUGGUUUCUACCAAUACUGUCUGUCCAGACGGGACAGAAUGUCAAGACAAAAAUACUUGCUGCCUAACUAAAACGGGAUAUGCAUGCUGCCAAUAUCCAUCUGCUAUGUGUUGUCCAGACAUGGCCCACUGCUGUCCACAAGGCUACCAAUGUGACCAAGAGUCCCUGUUGUGUGUAAACAAGGCGCUUCCGUGGUAUAAAAUCCCUCAUUCCCGUCAGAUAUCCACAGAGGGGGAAGAGAAAAAAUCUCUUGUAACUCCAGUGAACUCUGACAAUCCUUCUGUCGCAGUGGUUCACUGUGACAACGUCUAUACCUGCCCUGAUGGUACUACGUGCUGCAGAACUCCUUAUGGACAGUGGUCAUGCUGCCCAUAUGCUGUGGGUCAGUGCUGCUUUGAUGGGAUCCACUGCUGUCCCUUUGGUUAUCACUGUGACAGCACAUCCACCCACUGUUUAAGAGGAGCACUGAGAUUUCCUGCUUCCCAACAGAUUGCUGCCAUGCAGAGCAACACCAUUCAGGAUUCAUGCUGUUAGAGCGAGACAGGCUGCUGUCCCAUCGGCUUCCAGUGUGAUGAAGAGAGCAAAACCUGCAUGAGUGACAAUGGUCUUUGAGCAGAAGGUUAUUCAGAGGAAAAAGAAAUAAAAAGUCCACAAAUGUAUUUGAUCAACAAGGGAACAUUUUCUUCAGGUCCAUGAUUAGAUUUUUGUAAAGCAGUUACACAGCACAUUAAUAAUUUUUGAUUUUGAAGAACUAAGAAAUGUUACAAAUAUAAACAGAUCAAUCUCCAACCCUAUUAAAAAAAAUCAUUUAAAUCCAAAAAAUGUACGUGCAUUAUUUUUAGUUUGAUUCUUUAUUGUAGGUUGCGUUCCUACAUAUUACUUAACAAUUUCUUUGUUUAGUUUUAUUUUAUUCCUGAUAUUUUAUUUCUCUAUUUAUUCCUGCUGUUAAAAUCGAGACAUUUUUCAUGAUUUUCCUGGAGGUUCCUGUGUCUGGAUAAUGAAAUAUUUUGAAGUUGUGGAAGAUCAAUGUUUAUUGUUGUAAUUAUCAAUAAUCAAAAAGAAAAUAGACUUACUGUGGUUUUACAGAAACCUCCAAUUUAAUGAACUGCUGAAUCUAAAUUUCUUUAUUGGUCACAAAUGGUUUAUGGAAAUAUAAAUCAAUAGUAUUAAUACUCAAAGAGCUCCUAGUUUAGCUUAAAAACAAUUCUAAAUAGAAAUCUUUGCAUAGGAGUGAUUCAGGACCAAUCUCAGAGCAACUUUUGUCUUAGAGAGUCGAGGUUGACCCUGUUACUAGGUAUGAAAUGCUCUUUUGAAGAUUGCGAUUAGUUGUCCAAUAAAAAAAGAGUGCUUUGAAAACAUGGA